AAUAAUGGUAAAAUGCACUAAUUUCACAAUGCUCUCGUUUCCUUUACGCUAACUCCUCUUCCGAAUCUCUUUUUUGCUUUUGCGUUACUAUAUAUAGUCAAGAAGGCACCAUUUCUUUUCAUUCAACAAACGAACAUCUCAUUCUCCAAUUCGGAUCAUCGAUCUCAAAGCUUUAUCGAAUUCGUUUCAUCUCAAUUAUUCUAGUGAUCAUGACUCAGACCGUUGUCCUCAAAGUCGGUAUGUCAUGCCAAGGCUGCGUUGGUGCCGUCAAUAGAGUCUUGGGCAAAAUGGAAGGGGUUGAGUCAUUUGACAUUGAUAUCAAGGAGCAAAAGGUGACAGUGAAAGGUAAUGUUGAGCCUGAAGCAGUUUUCCAAACAGUCUCAAAGACCGGAAAGAAGACCUCUUUCUGGCCAGUCGAGGCUGAGGCUGAGCCCAAAACCGAGGCUGAUGAGGCCGUGACUGAGACCAAAACCGAGGCUGAGACUAAGAGUGAGGCGCCUAAGGUUGAUGUUGAACCAAAAGUGGCAGCAGAAGCAGCCGAGACUAAGCCAUCACAAGUUUAAGUAUUACUAAAGAUGAAAAGAAAGGCUAAUCUACUUUUACAACGCUUUUUUUAUCUUUUGUUUGUGUGUGUUACGUUGUUGUAACUUGUAAGAGCUGCUUUCUCUCUACAUACCUAAUAUUUUUAUGUAUUACCUUUUUCAACCUUCGAUAAGAAGAUGUUGGACCCAUGUUGGUCCGACUUUCUCUUAUUAUAAAGUUUAAAGUGUUUUUAACUAA